AUUUAUCGCAACGAGUGGAAGAGUGUGAGCGUUUGUCGGCCGAAGCUGACGCCAGGAUUGCGUUUGUCUGACCCGAAGCCAAGGAUUUAUCGGGACAAUGAUGAUUUGUAGUGUCAAUGGUUUUAAGGCUUCUUCUGUUCGCUUAUUUAGGUUAGGCUAGGUUUUUAAGCUGUAUUCUACUUCGUAGAAAAGGUCUCGGGAAUUUAUUCGUUUAGGGUUUAGGUGAAAUUCAGGGCGGUUUCAGGCGAAUUACUUGGUUUACGGAUAACCUAGGGUUUUAAGCUGUAUUCUUCUUUGUAGAAAUUUAGGGUGGUCUCAGGGGAAUUUCUUUGGUUUAGGGUUUGGUUGAGAUUUAGAGCAAAUGGCGCACAGAUUGCUCAGAGAUUCGGAAGUUGAUGGUUGGGAGCGUUCUGAUUUCCCAAUCAUAUGUGAAUCGUGUUUGGGAGACAACCCUUAUGUUCGAAUGACAAAAGCAAAUUUUGAUAAGGAAUGUAAGAUUUGUUCGAGACCUUUCACUGUAUUUAGAUGGAGACCUGGUCGUGAUGCAAGGUACAAAAAAACUGAGGUUUGUCAAACUUGUAGCAAGCUGAAGAAUGUGUGCCAAGUGUGUCUCCUUGAUCUUGAAUAUGGGUUGCCAGUCCAGGUUCGGGACACUGCUUUAGCUAUUACCAAUGAUGCCAUUCCAAAGAGUGAUGUGAACAAGGAAUACUUUGCAGAAGAGCAUGAUCGCAAGGCUAGAGCUGGGAUAGAUUAUGAAUCAUCUUAUGGAAAAGCUCGCCCAAAUGAUACCAUUUUAAAGCUCCAAAGAACAACACCAUAUUACAAGAGAAACCGUGCACAUGUCUGCAGUUUCUAUGUGAGGGGUGAAUGCACAAGGGGUGCUGAAUGUCCAUAUAGGCAUGAGAUGCCCAUAACUGGGGAGUUAUCGCAGCAGAAUAUCAAGGACCGCUACUAUGGUGUGAAUGAUCCAGUUGCACUGAAACUUCUCAACAAGGCAGGCGACAUGCCUUCUCUCACCCCACCUGAAGAUGAGAGCAUUAAGACCCUCUAUGUUGGUGGCCUCGACACGCGAGUCACUGAGCAAGACCUCAAGGACCACUUCUAUGCAUAUGGGGAGAUUGAGUCCAUAAGAAUGGUGCUUCAAAGGGCGUGUGCCUUUGUUACAUACACAACCCGAGAAGGCGCUGAAAAAGCAGCCGAGGAGCUCUCAAAUAAGCUGGUCAUAAAGGGGCUCAGGCUAAAACUUAUGUGGGGUAAACCCCAAGCCCCAAAACUGGAGGGUGAGACCCAAGAUGAAGAGGCCAUGAAACAAGGGGUAGUUUCUCAUGGUGGGUUACUUCCUAGAGCUGUCAUAUCUCAACAGCAAAGCCAACCACAACCACCGGGCACCCAUGAUCAAAACCCACUUCCCCCUCCACCUCCUCUGCAUUACUUUAACAUUCCUCAACCAGAGAGAACAUUCUACCCAUCAAUGGACCCUCAAAGAAUGGGUGCCCUUGUUCCUUCUCAAGAGGCAAGUACUAGUAGCUCACAAAGUGGUGAUGGUCAAGAGAAGAAGACACAACAACAAGGGGGUCAGUUUAGGCCUCAAGAUGGACCUCAUUAUGGUUAUCAGGGUCAACCUCAACAAGGUCAGUACCCUCAGUUUUAUCCCCCAUUUGGGUUUAUGCCUCCUUAUCAGCAAUAUCCACCUCCUCCUUAUCAGUCGGGACAAGCACCGCCACCACCACCACCACCACCACCACCACCACCACAACAAUAUUACCCUCAGCAGUUUUGAAAUUCUUAAAAUUCCUCCUUUGCUGCCCCUUUAUAUCUUUUAUGUUUCCUUCCAAUUUCGUGUGGAGUAAUCAGCUGUUCUGGUCCAGUGAAUCCUUAGAUCUUGAUAUGUUUCUAGUAUGGAUUUUUGUGUUAUCAAUUAAUGAUGGAAUUUUGGAUUGAUUUUUGAUGGGCUUACCAUCGUAUCAAUGGCGUUCCCACGUGAGUUCCGAUGGCA